GUCAUUCGGUAUGAAAAUGUUACUGAGGGUCAUCCAACAUUCGAUGAGGAAAUAAACAAACCGGAUUUUCCAAUUUUUCAUCGAUUUUUCACGAGAAUUCAUUAAAAAAGUCAAAAUUAAUCCAUUAUUUAAAUAAUCACAAAAAAAUGGAAAAAUAUCACGGUUCAGGUACAAAUUUAACAUCUUUAUCACGAGAGGAUGUUGUCACAUGGCUAAAAUCCUUCGAUUGUUGCUUGACCGAUUGCGAUGGCGUGCUGUGGAUUUACACAAACACGAUACCAGGUAGUCCGGAAGUGAUUAACAAGUUCACCGCAUUGGGAAAACGAGUGUUUUUCAUCACAAACAACUCGACAAAAACUCGCGAAGAGUUUCUCGAGAAGGCGACAAAGAUGAAUUACAACGUCAAUGCGGAAAAUAUCCUGUCGACAGCCUUUCUCGUGGCUCAAUAUUUGAAAAACUUGAAUUUUCAGAAGAAAGUUUUCAUUGUUGGUUCAACGGGAAUCGCACGAGAGCUUGAUGCUGCCGGAAUUAAACACACUGACGUCGGUCCGGAUGUGCUUGAGACAAAUCUCGCGGAUUUAGUGCAAAAAGGCUUCACGCCAGAUCCCGAAGUGGGAGCUGUUGUUGUUGGCUUCGACGAACAUUUUUCGUUUCCGAAGAUGUUUAAGGCGGCAUCGUACUUGAGUAAUCCCGACGUGCUUUUUAUUGCCACAAAUACGGACGAGAGAUUUCCAAUGCCGGGAUUUGUGGUGCCCGGAACCGGAUCUAUCGUUCGCAGCAUUGAGACUUGUGGCGAAAGAAAAGCUUUGGUAAUGGGCAAACCUUCGCCUUAUGCAUGCGAAUAUAUCUUAAAAACGUACGGAAUUGAUCCAAAACGAACGUUGAUGGUUGGCGAUCGUUGUAAUACGGAUAUUUUGUUGGGGAAAAGAUGCGGAUUUCAAACGUUGAUGGUCGAAAGUGGCAUUCACAGCAGAAAAGAUCUCGAGGAAUGGAAGAAAUCCGACGAUCCGGAGACAAAGGAGCUUAUUCCAGACUUUUAUGUUGAUUGUUUGGGCAGUCUCGAGACAUAUUUGAGCGAUUUGUAAUGUUGCAUGUGUUCGUUUUAGACAAAUUUUUAUUUAUUUUUGUUGCUUUUGUAUCCAUGACGUUGUUUUUGUUCCUUAGCGAAAUAAAGUUGACGAAUAUUUA